UUGUAUAAAAAAAAGCUUCAAUAAAUCAUAUUUAAUUUAUAAAUUUUUUAAAUUUAAAUUACACAACUCCUUUUUCAAUCAUGAUAAAAUUAUUAUCCGUUUUACUAUUCAUAGGAUCUGUAAUAAAACAUUCUCAUUGUGUUUGUAGGGUAGAAAUAACUACAUUUAAUCAUAAUCCAAUAACAGUAGAAUUAGCAAGUGUAGCCGAUAGUCUAGGAACAUAUACUGUAAAAUAUAGGAUCCAGCCCGACUGCAAAGCUGCAUAUUUAAAAAUCCCAUCAGGCGCAUAUUGCAAUGUAGAGCUACAGAGUCUAAAUGGAACUUUCUUGGAUUCGGUUAAAUUACACAAUAAAAUACAUCAAACACUUCUGAAAAGAGAUGUCUCUAGUAGUGGUAGUCUUAGUGGGCUAUACGAUUUGGACACUACACCGAUAGUUGAAAUUAAAUAUUACACAAGAUGGCACAAUUAUGAAACUUAUAAAAUAAAAACAAAUAGUAAAUCUAAAGCCUUGAUAACGUUUAAAAAGAUUAACAAAGUCGUAAUGCUCACGAACACACCCUGAUGAUAUUAAAAUUAUG